UGAGUCUGAGCGGCGAUGGCGGCGGCGGCGGCAGCAGCAGCAGCAGCGAGGGCUGCGGAGGCUGCGGGGGCUGCGGGCGGUCGGGGCUCCGGGCCGUGGCGGCGGCGCCACCUUGUGGCCGGGGCCGGAGGGGAGGCCUGGGAGGGGGCCCCGGGGGGCGCAGGCCUGGAGUCUGAGGACCUGGAGCCUGGGGAGCUGCUGCCAGAGCCCGAGCCCGAAGAGGAGCCUCCCCGGCCCCGCGCACCCCCGGGAAUUCCGGGCCCUGGGCCUGGCUCGGGAGCCCCCGGCAACCAGGAGGAGGAGGAGGAGCCGGGACUGGUCGAGGGUGAUCCGGGGGACAGCGCCAUUGGACCGGAGCUGGAAGCGAUCAAAGCCCUAGUCAGGGAGGUGGAGGAGGAAGCUGAGAAGCUAAAAGAGCUGCAGAACGAGGUAGAGAAGCAGAUGAAUAUGAGUCCACCUCCAGGCAAUGCUGGCCCAGUGAUCAUGUCUAUUGAGGAGGGGAUGGAGGCUGACGCCCGUUCCAUCUAUGUUGGCAAUGUGGACUAUGGUGCAACCGCAGAAGAGCUGGAAGCUCACUUUCAUGGCUGUGGUUCAGUCAACCGUGUGAGGAUACUCUGUGACAAGUUCAGUGGCCAUCCCAAAGGGUUUGCGUAUGUAGAGUUCUCAGACCAAGAGUCGGUGAGAACUUCCCUGGCCUCAGAUGAGUCCCUAUUUAGAGGAAGACAAAUCAAGGUGAUUCCAAAACGAACCAACAGACCAGGCAUCAGCACAACAGACCGGGGUUUCCCACGUGCCCGCUACCGUGCCAGGACCACCAACUACAACAGUUCCCGCUCUAGAUUCUACAGUGGUUUUAACAGCAGGCCCCGGGGUCGCAUCUACAGGGGCCGGACUAGAGCGACAUCAUGGUAUUCCCCUUACUUAAAAAAAGUGUGUAUUAGGAGGAGAGAGAGGAAAAAAGGAGGAAAGAAGGAAAAAAAAAAGAAUUAAAAAAAAAAACAAUCA